AUGGGGUCCCAGCAACUGAUCACAGCGGUGUGCACCGUGAUUUUCGAUCUGGAUCAGGGACAGAAGAUCGAGAGUCUGCACCCCCCUGCGUCUCUGAGUGAGGGCGAUCAGCAGCGGGUCGCCUACCAUGCAUUCCCAGACUCCACCGCCCAGAAGCAGCUGGCGCCCGCCUCCAUCCGCGACUCAAGCUUCUUCUUCCGCCUGCCGCGCCGGGGAAGCUCGCUGUACGGCUUCGUCUUCUGCCGCCAGCGCCAGGACGAAGCGCUGCGCCGCGGUGCGGAGCAGCGCAGCUUUGUGGUGCUGUCUCCCCUCCCCCUGCAUGCGCUGUGGACCGCGCUGGCCUGCGCCGCCGGCCCCGUCUGCCUCGCAUACGGCCCACACGCCGUCGUGGACGUGUACGAGGCGGCGCUUGUCUUCCCCAUCGCGCUGCCUCUGGCAGACCGCGAGGCGCAGGUCUGGAUCCGGGGCCAGCAGCUGACGCUGGCCCUGCCUGACCCCGCCACCAUCCCUGGCACAGCGGCCACACAGACGCUGGACCCGGGCACCGGCCUGCCCCAGGCCCUGCUGGCGGACAGCCACAAGCUCACCGCCGGCCCCUACUCCCACGUGCGCGGCAGGGAUGACGGGGAGGGAAGGGAGGUCGUGCUGGGGAGGGUGUACACCAUGAGCCACAGCCCAUGGGUGGAUGUGUACUCUGCGUUGCAGCCUGUGCUGCAACACCUGUGGACGCUCUGGGAGCUGCUGGUGUUGGGGAGGAGGCUGGCCGUCAUCGGCGCCAGCCCAGGCGUGUGCUCGGAGGGCAUCGCCGCCCUCCUCUCGCUCCUGAGCCCCCUGCCGUACGCCGGGGAUGUGCGGCCCUACCUUACCAUCCAGGACCCCGGUUUCGCGGCCCUCACCUGCCAGGGCAGCGGCGCGGCUCCCGGAGCGCCGCAGACCGGUGCGGAGGGAGACGGCGCGUCGGGGGCUCAGCCCGAGGGCGCCCCCACCCUGGUGGGCGUCACCAACCUCUACUUCCUCAAGGGCCUCCCCGCCUGGCCCAACACGGUGGCCCUGGGCUGGGGCGGGGGGGAGGCGUCGGGGGCGCAGACGGCCGCCGCGGCGCCGUGGGCGCCGCGGCGCCUGGCGCGCGCCGCCGCGGGCCGCCUCGCCAGCCUCGUCUCGCGCCCCUCCGCGGCGGGCGCGCUGCUGGGCGCCCCAGCGCCCAGCGACGGCGCGUGGCUGGCCCCGGGGUCCGGCGCCAGGGCCCAGCGGGGCGUGCUGGGCGCGCUGGUCGAGGUGCCGGCGCCCAGCCUGGCCCUGGGCCCGGAGCGGGGCAGGCGCCUGGCGGCCGCCAACUCCGCAGUCCUGCGCCGGCACUUCCAGGAGCUGACGCGCGCCCUCCUCUUCCCCCUGCUCCCCUGCAUCACUCCCGCGCCGCGCCCAGGGCAAGGCUCGCCCGGUCCUGGAGACAGAGGCCCACCAGACUUUGACCCUGGCAGGGUACUCGCCGACCUGGCAGACCCCAGCGGCACCAUCCCAGACCCCCUCGUCCAGGUUUUUGGCACGCGGGCCAGGGUGGUGGCGUUCUACGCCCGCUUCCUAGCAAGCCGCAACUGCAGGGCCUGGGUGGAGCAGCGCCAGGCGGACGCCAGGGCGUGGCAGGAGACAUCGCUGCCCGAGGAGGCGACGAGCUGGAGCCACGUCAGCGGCGUAUGA